AUGAACAACGUUUGCACCCGACCCAAUUCGCAAUCCAGCUUAUCCACCAAUUCAAGUACCCGCUCUGUAUGGUCCAGGUUUUCUGGUCUCAUCCAUCGACGUCGACGACGUACAAGUAGUCAACGUCGUGAGUCUUAUCAUUCAUCCACUUGCUCCACCGAUACACCCACAGCUACCAGCACCACACCUAGUAGUAGCAGCAGUGAUAACAACAGCGAUUUCGACUUGGCGUCGUCUUCGGGUUCAAUUCGUAGCGCAUCCAAACCAAAGCGAUACUCAACACCGGUUCAAUUACGACAUCAUCGACAACAACAGCAAAAAGACGAAUCCUUCCCUCCAUUUUUUGCCAUUCCCCCUUACAGCCCUACCUAUUGUAAAGAUAACGAGUUCCCUUAUUCCAACUUUUAUGUCAGACUACCUAAUGGCGAUUACAUGGUACGCUAUAGAUCGGGGAAUCGAGAUAUUCUCGGAACCGAAAUCAUUGCUGGCUGUAUGAUAUGA